AUGGCGAAACUCAAGGCACAUGAAGAACUCUCCACUAAUGCGAAUACUAUCAAAGCUAGCAACUGCGUCUCCAACCUUACUGAAGAUGAGAAGGCUGUUCACUUAGUACUCAAGGCUGACCAUGCUGAUCUGAGCUACUACUUAAAGAAGUUAUAUAAGUCUGCAAAGUACAAGACACGUCUACAGAAUGGAUUGAAGGUUGAGCGUAUUUGUGUUCGGACUGAGAAGGGUACCCAUGCAUCUUGCAUUGCGAAUCAGAAAGUCAAGAAUAUUAGCGCCUCUUCUUCUCCACAAGCCCCACCAUCUACUCCGCCCAAACAACUUCUGUCUGAGCUUGCUGCAUUUGAGGGUAUCUCAACGCGAGAUAUUUUAAAUGACGAGGCUGUUCUACCAGAUGAGCUUUCCGAUGAAGAGAUCACUAGCACCCAGGCUCUCUUAACUCAAGCGCACAUUGAUGCCCAUGAAGAGUCCAAUUUCCGCAAGUGGCAACAUUUCUGGGAUAGCUGUAUCCACUCAUAUACGAGAAAGGCUGAAAAGCUGAGAAAGAAGCCUGAGCGUCUCUUUGAGUAUAUGCCGUGGAUUGAUGUAGAGGAAGGCUUCAAAGAGGCGUUCUUACUUGUCUACUCUAAGAAGUUUGAUAAGGAAAAGUGGGCUAAGGUAUCAGCUGCACAGGAUAUGUUGUUCCUGGAGCUAGAGUAG